UUCACGCUGCUGUCACCUCUGCGCAAACAUAUCUUUUUUUUUUUCUUUCAACUAUACACAUAUAUCAGAAGAUAUUCUAGGCUUUAUGCUCGUAACUCGUGUUUUUACUUUCACGGUAGAAUUGUGUAAAAAAAAAAAAAAAGAAAAAAAGAAAUCUCUGUCACUCGGGCUGUUUUGUGGACCUGUUGUCAACACAAUGUGGGGGAUCCAGCGGACGCGUUAUGGAGACUGCAGCGGCUCUGGAGCCAGUGAAGAGACGGAGAUCGCUGUGAACAUCGGCGGGGUGAAACAGGUGUUAUAUGGGGACGUGUUGAACCGCCACCCGGACACUCGGCUGGCAGAACUGGUCGACUGUUCACUUAAGUCUUCAGAAGAAAUAUCCUCACUAUGUGACGACUACGACCCUGACACAGGAGAGUUUUAUUUUGACAGAGACCCCGAAGCGUUUAAGUGUAUAAUUGAGCUGUAUUAUUAUGGAGAGAUUCACAUGAAACGAGGCAUAUGUCCGAUUUGUUUCAUGAAGGAGAUGGAGUUCUGGAAGAUCGACUCGGAUUUUCUCGACGACUGUUGUCAGUGCCACCUGAAGGAGGUGGAGGAUGAACUCGCAGAGAUAGCAGAGAAAGUGAGAACUAUCCUGGUGGACCGGGAGGGAGACCCGUCUGCAGCUGGCUGGCAGCGCUUCCAGAUGUGCCUCUGGAGGCUGAUGGAGAAGCCGGAGUCCUCGCUGCCUGCGCACAUAAUCGCCAUAGUUUCUUUUAUUUUUAUCCUCGUCUCCUCCGUGGUGAUGUGUGUCGGGACCAUCCCCGACCUGCAGGUGGAGGACUCGGAGGGUAACCUUACCGAGAACCCAACUCUGGAGGUCAUCGAGACGGUGUGCAUCGGCUGGUUUACUAUUGAAUACAUCCUGCGUUUGAUCUCUUCCCCAAAUAAAAUAAAAUUUGUCCUGGCUUUCAUGAACAUCGUCGACUUCAUGGCGAUCAUGCCCUUCUUCGUGGUGCUGAUUCUGACCUCCUUCGGCACAGGAGUGAUGGAGCUGACUAACGUGCAGCAGGCGGUGCAGGCUUUACGCAUAAUGCGCAUUGCGCGCAUUUUCAAGCUGGCUCGCCAUUCCUCCGGACUCCAGACCCUCACAUCUGCCCUGAAGAGCAGCUUUAAAGAGCUCGGGCUGCUCCUCAUGUACAUGGGUGUGGGGGUCUUCCUUUUCUCCGCAUUGGGCUACACCAUGGAGCAGAACCACCCGGAAACCUUGUUCACGAGCAUCCCACAGUCGUUCUGGUGGGCUGUGAUCACUAUGACCACUGUGGGCUAUGGAGACGUCUACCCCAAGACCACUUUAGGUCGGUGUAACGCGGCUAUCAGCUUUCUGUGCGGGGUGAUCGCCAUAGCGCUGCCCAUACACCCCAUCAUCAACAAUUUCGUAUUGUUCUACAACAAGCAACAGGUGCUGGAGACCGCUGCCAAGCACGAGAUCGAGCUGAUGGCACUGCGCUCCGGAGACGGCGAGCUGGAGGCUGAGCCCGGCGCCCACAGACACGUCUGCGGCUCAGGGGUCUGGGGCCACAUGCACUCCUGUCACAGCGACACCCACAUCCCCUUACUGAAGGACCCCAGAGGAGGGGCCGGGAUCCAGACCCCCAGCAUGGACACAAGCUUUGAAAGCACAGCCGAGGCCACUGAAUAUUCCACUGAAGACUCAUCCGAAAAGAAUCCGAACAUGUUGCAACAAGCAAACAUAAAACAACAAAACAAGAAAUGAAUAAUGAAUUGCUGACUUCUUCAAAAACUUAAACCCGCACAAUCAGGGUUUAUGAUACCACGAUGACUUGGGACAGUAUUGUAAAUAGCCCUUAGAAAUAGAGGGACCGAAGUAAUGCUCUGAGGACCGUUAAUGCAUUUGAGGAAUCGCGCCUUUUGAAGGGACAUAUGUGUGAGAUGUUGACUUGAUGAGCUGUGCCUUUGCGCAGAGGGCUGAGGGCUUCUGUUUGAACAGCCAGUAGACUUCUUAUACAACAGCCCCCAUCCCCAAGCCUCACACUCAUACUGUAGACUGCACUGUAGCUUAUUCCUCUGUACAGAUAUAUACAAUAUAUCACAAUGAAUGUUUUAAAAGAAAAAUAGAUUGGCAGCUCCUCCAGGAGAAAAGAGGAGAAAUGUAGUCAUCCCAUGAUAGAUUUAUGGAGGGUGUACAGGCAUGACAGCAAAAUAAAAAGGAAAGCACCUGAUAUUUUACAGUGAUUAAAACUUAUAAUGCUACGAGUUGAAAUAAGGUCACUACAAAGAAACACAAAUAGUACACUAGCGACUAGGGAUUAUAAAAUCAACAUAUCAUCAAGGCAGUUUAUUUCUGUUUCUGCUGGUGAUCUUCUGUAACUGACACUGUAUGGAUGUGAAGCAAUAUAUCAGAUAAAAAACCCAUCUACUGUGCAGAAGUGGUGAAAGCAGCGAAUGUGUCAGUGGGCUGCAGCUCCAGAUAGGACCAUGUAAUCAACACCGGGAGCUCAGAAGCUUCCUGCUGAAGGACUUGUCCUGUGAUGGGUUUAAAUUUUGCAGCAGCCAUCGCCACUCUGCUCGUCCCCGGAGGUCCAGUGGAAGAAUAACUUGACGUUGAAGUCAUGGGUGAGGGGAAGGAGCAACAGGCUGGAGGUUAAAGGGAAAUAAUCCCAAUGGCUAAAUUAUUAAACUUCGAAAUGUGUUCUUCAAAGUGUACUCUAUCUAACCUGACAGUCUGAGUGGAAAAGAAAUAUUUCUGAUGAAAAUAUAAAUAAAAGUAUCAGUAAUGGGGACAUUUUUUCAUUAAUACGUCUAAACAGCAUGCAUUAUCAGAGCAGCAGGUCAUCAACAUGAAACGGUGUGAGAGUAUAAAUAGGAAGCUUCUGACUCUAAAUUUAGUCUUAGUGCAUUACUGCUCUUAUGUUUAUGAAACUUGAAAAGACGACAUUUUCACACUGCGUCCAUGUUUUAAAAAUGCACACUGAUGUGGCUUAAUGGGUGCUAUAUUUAAAGGUUAACGUUUUGCAGUUUAAAAGGUCUCUACUCCUACACCAUUAGUCUGAGGGACAUGAAACUUGCUGCAUAAAAAGAACAAUUCUUACAUUAGUUGGCACAGUAGGAGAGCUUUUAUUAACAUUUGAAAUAAAUGUCAUGUCUCAGAUGGCAGAGGUUUGAUCUUGUUGCAACCUGGAGAGAUGAUUGAUGUCAAGAUUGUGUUCCUCUGCCCAAUCUUAUUUUGUGAAACUCUAUGAAAUGAGCUUAAUAACUUGCCUUGUGCAUGUGGUGGAAGUUGAAUAAUGCAGAAGAAGAGGGUUUGGGUUGUUGAAAGUGGAAAAUAUUUUCCCAACCUUUAUUUGUAAUCUGGUAUUCCUCCAUAGCCUAAAUAAACUUAAC